AUGGUCGCUUCACUCGCUUCUGCCGCUUCGGCGGCACUCUUGCUCGUCGGCAGCCUCCCCGCCGUCAACGCGCAGUACACCAUCGACACAACUGACAACAUAAAAAAGUCGGCAAAAAUGCUCGCAUACGACCUUAUCAAACAGUACAAGGGCAACCAGACCGGCGAGAUCCCCGGUAUUUUACCUGGCCCGCCAACCGAGCACAAGGGCGACUACUACUGGUGGGAAGGAGGCGCCAUGAUGGGCACUUACAUCGACUACUGGAAGCUGACGGGCGACUCGGCCUACAACGACCUCGUCAUGCAGGGCAUGCUUCACCAGACCGGCCCCAAUGCCGAUUACAUGCCGCCAAACCACACCGCAUCGCUGGGUAACGACGACCAAGGCUUCUGGGGCAUGUCCGCCAUGUUGGCCGCAGAGAACAAGUUCCCGAACCCGCCCGAAGAGAAGCCUCAGUGGCUGGCACUGGCGCAGGCCGUGUGGACGACGCAAGCUAGCCCCGAUCGCCACGACGAUACCUGCGGUGGAGGUCUGAGAUGGCAGGUGCCUUUUUCCAAUGCUGGAUACAACUACAAGAACACCAUCGCAAACGGAUGUUUCUUCAACAUUGGCGCCCGCCUCGCCAGAUACACCAACAACGACACGUACGCGCAGCACGCCGAGAAAACCUGGGACUGGCUCUGGGCCGUCAACUACAUUGACCACGAGUCCUGGAACGUUUACGACGGCGGCCACGUCGAGCACAACUGCACCGACGUCAACAAGCAGCAAUUCUCUUACAACGCGGCCAUUCUCACGCAGGGCGCCGCCUUCAUGUACAACUACACCAACGGUUCCGACGUCUGGAAAGGCCGCAUCGAAAAGAUGACAGAGUCCCUCUUCCUCAACUUCUUCCCCAACAACACCGCCUACGAGCUGGCCUGCGAGGGCCGCAAGGGCCAGUGCACCGCCGACAUGUUGUCCUUCAAGGGCUACGUCCACCGCUGGAUGUCCGUCGUCACGCAGGUCGCCCCCUUCAUGAAGGACAAGAUUCUGCCCGUCCUCAAGGAGUCGACGCAGCACGCCGUCAAUCAGUGCACGGGCGGCGCCGAGGGUCGCACCUGCGGCUUCUACUGGAACGAGCAAGUCUAUGUCGACCCGGCCGUCGACAAGACCUCUGGUGCCGGUGAGGUCAUGAACGUCUUGGCUGCUGUGUCGAGUCUUCUUAUCGAGGAUACUGCGCCGCCUGUGACGAAUUCGACGGGUGGUAUUUCAGCGGGUGAUCCUGAUGCAGGAAGCAAGAGUAAGGAUAACAUUGAGCCGGAGCCUAUCACGACGGCGGAUAAGGCUGGCGCGGGUAUCCUGACGUUCAUCGUCCUUGCUGGUGGCUUGGGUACGUGGGGAUGGAUGAGUCUGGGUGACUGA